UGCGGGGGGCGGAGCCAGGUUGGGGUAAGGGGCGGUCAGCCCCGUUGCCAGGAGGCGGAACCUGGACACAAUGGGGUCUGGGAGUCGGGCCGGGAGGGGGCCGGCAUCCGGGCACCCCACCUUGCCUUCCCCGCCGGGAGCCACGAGAGCAGGUGCCGCGGGCCGUAAGCUCACCCCACCCUCGCGCGCCAUGGGCUCGGACGUCUGGGUCGGCCCUUGGCGGCCGCACCGGCCCCGCGGCCCCAUCGCAGCGCUCUACAGAGGCCCGGGGCCCAAGUACAUGCUGCCACCGAACACCGGCUACAUCCUGCACGACCCGUCGCGGCCCCGCGCCCCGGCGUUCUCCUUCGGCGCGCGCCUCCCCACGCAGCAGACUUCGUGCGGCCCCGGGCCCGGCCACCUGAUUCCAGCUCGUAUGACCGUGCGCGGCCCCGACGGCACCCCCGCCUACUCCAUCUACGGCCGUCCGCGCCACGCAGCGCCCUUCCUCACUCCGGGACCCGGCAGGUACUUCCCAGAACGAGCUGGGAACGCGACGUACCCCAGUGCGCCUCGGCACACCAUCGCCCCCCGAAACUGGGGUAUCCACGCGGAGCCGCAGACCCCAGGCCCCGGGGCCUACACUGUGCCCUCGCUCUUGGGUCCGCGUGUCAUCGGUAAAGUCUCGGCCCCAACUUACUCCAUCUAUGGCCGCAGCGCAGUGGGCAGCUGCUUCGAGGACCUCAGCAAGACCCCGGGUCCCUGCGCCUACCACGUGGUGAACACUGGGAUCUACAAGCCUCGGGCCCCCCAGUUCUCGAUGCUGGCGCGGAAUUCACUCCCCCAGGACAACACCCUGAAUCCGGGACCCGCAGCCUACAACGUGGACCAAGGGCACCGCAAGCCCGGCGGCUGGAGCUUCGGGAUCCGGCACUCGGACCACCUGGCCCGGGUCCUGACCUACGCGGAUGACUGACCCGCUGGGCGGGCGUGGCCCCACAAACGUUUGCUUAAAGCCUCCCGAGCCA